GAAAGACAGCUAGAGAUGAGGAAGAAAUCGACGAAAUCAUCAGCAGCCGCGCUCCUAGGACCAUCUCCUCUACCACCGCCGGACGCAGCGGCCACGAUGAGUCCAUCGCCGGCGGAGUCUCCGGCAGAGCUGUUCGAUUUCGAUCUCAAUGCACUCGCAGGUAUCGGCUCGUCGUUGAAGAACAAAAAAUGCGUUUCUAGAGCAUCAGGUUCGAAGCGAAUUCAGCCUACUGGAUUCUCUCCAUCGCCGCCGCUUAAAAGUGUGAACACGAUCGCUGAUCUGAAGGAUCUGGCGUCUUCUAAUAUGGAAUCCAUCAAGCAACAUAUGGAGAGAUCGCAUUCUGAAAUUGCGAAGGAUUUUGAGUCUUCAAAGUGUCGCCUGCACAAACGCUACAAGAUCCAGACUCAAGAAUGCCAGCGAAUCAUGGAUGAGGCAGAUAAAGAACAUAAGAAGAUGUUUGAUCGAAUCAAUGAAGGUAGAGAAGCAAUGAAGGCUUCAUAUGCCGAGUUUAUAGCAGAAGCACAGACCACUGCAUCUCGUCUAUGUAAAACAACUAUUCCCGAGCUAGCAAAAAGUACUGAGAAAAGCAUUUCUUCACUCAAGAGCCGUUUUGGGAUCUCAUAAACUGCAUCUUGACACCGUGACGGCUCCUAGGAUUUAUAUGCUUAGAUUGAUGGAAAUGGCGCAAGUGAGGUUCCAGGGCAGCAACUUAGUGCAUCUUCUUGCAUCGGUGAGCAAGCUAAAACUAUUGUUUUGUGACAAUCAACGAUCCCACUCCAUACAAAUAGCACUUUUGUAGAGAUGAAGUUUUAUAGUAGGACCUAAUAAUUGUGGCCCCUGGCUGUGGGAUAUGCCAGAAUUUUCCUUCAUCUAUAAAACUUGAAAAUG